UUUUCUAUAUGUAUCAAAUUUCAUAAUUGUUUGUGUAAAUAUUGGUACAUAAUAGAAAUGUAUUAACACAGUAAUCAUAAUAAAUUAUGUCUGAAUUUUAAAAUGAUGAGGAUCUGAAAGCAACCACUUCAAAAUUGAAUCACCUACUUGACCAGGCCAAGGUGACAGGCUGAAUGAAAACUCAUAUUUUGCUCAAUUUCUAGAUUGUUCAGUAAUCAUUAAAACAUGAUGUUAUAAUCGCGUGAAUGUGCACGACUGAUUAUAUACACAAUAGAUAAAAUAGAUUAAAUUGGGGUACAAACUUUGAUACAUAUUGAUUGAUAACUUAUCCUUAUUAUACUGACUUUGACCAAGAAAGUUUGUUAUGAAGGAAAAGUACUUUUAUUCAAACUUAACCUAAAUUUAGUAACUUAAGUUAAAUUCUAGUAAAAAAUUCAACUUUUAUAAGUAUGUACAGUGAAGAACAAUUGCAAAGACUGACCACUAGUCAAUUAACAAGGUUUCUUAUCAAUUGAUGUUAAAUUUUACAACAAGAAUCUCCAGUGAAUUGAAACAAUGAUAGGGAAAUAUCAGCAACAUAAAAAUUGUCCAACAAGGUUGGUCUUAUGGAACUUCCACAAUAUCAACCAAGGUGAGAGCAGAUCAUAUUAUGUUGGAAUUGACGUUGCCCAUACUACCUAUAAAAGAAUUUCAAAUAUUCUUAAUGUUUAUCUUCAUCAGCAGUUUUCGAAUAUCAGACAAUACUAUAUAAUAUUCUCUCAUUGCUGUCCCACUGACCGUAGGCUAUCAUGUGUAAAUUUCCACGAGGCCCUUUUACAAAAAUCAAGUUAUAAGUGGUAAGAAUCCACGGAGGGCAGAGUUGGAUGAUAACAACUGGAAUAACACUUGUGUGAUAAUGUACUAUCACAAUUAUUUAACUUCGAAUAUAGAUUAAAUAUUAUAUAAUUUUAUUGUUCUCUGUUGAGACGUUUCUCAAAUGUCCCAAACAAACUAGUUGAGUUUUAAGAUAUUAUUGAAACAGCAGUUAUCAGGUUUAUUGUAAGUAAAUAAAACUUUGUUUAUAUAAAUCUAUUUAUUAUAUUAUAAGUCGACGUUUUGAGUGACAGCGUCCGUGAUCAGCGAGAGAACUCAGUAAACAAUAACUUUAUGCAGCCAUCUGAAUGUGCAAUCGUUUCAACUACUACACUACCAACCGGCUUCCCUCUUAAAGAAGGUUCCUGAGUGAGAGAACAUUUGCCAAUGUCUAAGAAGCAAAGAAGUACCAGCGCGUCGUCAGCAUGCAUCGAAAGAGCAAAAGCUGAAAAUGGAAAAAUGUCUCAUUGUUUCAAAGGUCACGAGAUAUGAAUAUGAAAAGCACAGCCAUGACAACAUAUCGAAUUGGGAACUAGAGAAGAUACUACGAAAUCGUGGAUCCGACUAUGACUCUAUGGUAUCGAACCAUAGAGAACAGAAAUCCUUUGAAGAGGAUGUGGCCAAGGCGCUAAAAGAAAUGGGAGUUAAAGUUGAAAUGGCUAGUAGGUUAACAUAUAACGAAGAGAUGAUAAAUUGGUGCGACGCAGUUGUCCCAUGUGGUGGUGAUGGGACCUUCCUGCUCGCCGCUUCAAGGGUCAGGGACGCAAAUAAACCAGUGAUAGGUUUCAACAGCGCGCCGCAUAAGUCUGUGGGACGCCUGUGCCUGCCCACCUGGUGUUCCAAUGACCUCAAGGGUGCGCUACAAGCUUUAAAGGAGGGCAAGUUUCGCUGGAUGCGUCGUUCACGGAUACGUACGACGAUCACGAGCGACCCCAAACUGUUGGAUACGAUCACGCCCGUUGAUUUGCACACUCUGCACUUUUGUAGAUAUCCACCCGUGUCAAACCAAGAAGACAGUCAGGAAGCGGCCACGAGACUCAACGACGCUCAGGAGGAGAGUAAAUGUGGUUUAGCUACAAAGGUGCUGCCGUUUUUAGCUCUAAAUGAGGUGUUUAUUGGGGAGAGCGUGACGUCACGGGUGUCUCUUCUCCGUCUGAAGAUAGAUGAUGGGAAAUGGGCUCAUACUAAGAGUUCCGGACUCUGCGUUACAACCGGAACCGGAAGUACCUCGUGGCAUUACAGCAUAAACUGCCUCAGAACCCACUCAGUGCUGGAAUUAAUGAAGAUUCUCCACGAAGAGUACGGGGUCGAUCUGGACACGUCUUUGGAGAAGGCUCGCGAGGUCACCGAGAAGUACAACACGAAGUUAAUGUUUCCCCCAGACUCCGAGCAAUUAGCGUACUCCGUCCGCGAGUACAUAACCUUCGAGGAAUGGCCAGCUCCUCGAGGCCUCAGGGUCAGGGACAGGGCCGAAGCCGUCACCGUUCGCAGCCACUGCACCGAUGCUGGCUUGGUAAUAGAUGGGAGCGUAUCAUUCCCAUUCAACGACGGAACCCAAGCGCUGUUAGAGAUUCAUCCCGAAGACUCGCUUAUGACAGUCCAAAUGGACGACGCGUUGCCUUAUUAAUUUGUUACGUUUAAUAUAUGUAAAUAAAAAAUCUAGGUUUAUACCAAGCUAUUGCACAAACUAUACGUAAAAUCGAGUAGUUAACGCAUUUUUUAUAAACGUAUUCGACCGAUCAAAAAGUGCGACUAUAGUGUAUAUAUACUAUGCGACUAUGCAUACAAACACAUGACGAUAUCAUGUAUACAAAAAUAUACGUUAGUGUAUUUGAAAUAGUUUACGAAUACUAUUCGAAAACGGGUGUCAUGCUUUAGUUCCAAAUAAACUUAUUUAGCUGCGUUAACUAUGCAAAGAUUACUAUUCAAAUUCUGUCACAUUGAUAAUGUACUAUGUACUAACUGUUGAAAGACAUCUUUGAAAUGAAGUGGCUCCACAUUGUAACAAAUAUUAUUUCCAAUGUGACUUACUACAAUAAAAAGUAGCUCAAAAGUUAAAAAGCUUGGCUGUCAAAAAUAAAAAAUUUAGUUUCUAAAUUGUCUUGUGAUAUUGAGUUUUUCGAGCUUCUGAAUUGUAUUUAUUCUAAGGACUGUUAAUACUUACCUAGUGUUGAACUAUGCAGUAAGACUGAGUUUUUUUUAUUUCUCUUAGGUAUAAGUAAAUAGUUAAUCAAGAUGAAUGUUGAUCAAACGUUAAUUAAUUAAUAUAUGUCUGCAAAGUAAUAUUGUUAUUCAUUUAUAUCUUGAUAUUUUAUUAAUCUGUAUGAAAAACAUUUAUAUGUGGGUACAUUUAUAAAUUUCUUGUCUACCCACUUAGAUUGCAUAAUAGUCAUAGUGAUUUCUGGUAUUUUCUUACAAGAUUUUGCUUGUAGUAAUUUAUUUUACUUUAUACUUGAUAGUUUCUGUCGAAUCUUGUAUCGACCUCAGAAUCAUAAUGCAGCAUUAUUUUAUUUAAGAAUUUAUUGUUAAAUAGUGUAUCAAAAACAAG